AUGCUUAUAAAUAAAAAGAUGAAUGCUAUUUUGACUCAACUUGAUCGCUUAAUUCUCAAAGAUUACAGGCGAACCUUGAAAAUAAACUCUUGUAUAAUUUUAGCUUUAUUUGCUAUCUCAUCAUCCUUUUUUUUCUCUUCAAUAGAAAAUCAAGGACCAAGCCUAUUAUGAUCUCUUCUGUGGUCUUUUUCUAUUCUAGCAGUAGGAGUAGCUGGAUUGCUCCUAUAUAAAACUACUAAUCCUAGCUAUAUGAAAGGCCUUAUUGCAUUAAACUUUUACUUAUUAGUUUUUUCUAUUUUCAGAUUAUUAACAUACUUUGUGGUUUUGUGGUAUUACUACUCAUAUCUGAGUGGCUAUAGAUUGAAUUAUUCUCUCAAAGUCAUAUACUAUGGAUUUUGUGCUUUUAUAGCUUUUAUAGGGGUAAUGGCAUCAAAAGAACCUUUUAGAUCAGCAGCAUUGUUGGAGCGCGAUUUAUUUCAAGAUACUCAAAAUCGUUCUGCUUCUGCUAUGGGAUUUCCACUAUUCUCAAUCUCAAGCACAUCAGAACAGAUCGGACAACCACUUAUUAAUACUCAAAAUUAUUACAGGGCCUCAAAUAAUUCUCAAGCUGCGCCUGGAUCUAUAAAUCAAAUGACUGAUAGUUCAGGUCUUUAA